CUGAAAACAAAAUAGAAUUAGGGUUCGACUCUUAUAGUCCCUUUGAUCCGAUCAGGUCUCACGUUUCUUGCCUUUCCAAUCAUUUUUUCCUAUCCUCUGACGUUAAUUCACUCUGGUGUCGUGAUUGACCUUUGUAGACUCUUUAUGAAUUCGUUGGAAUUUUAAUCAUCUGUAGAUUUUGAUUUAUUAAAGUUCUGCUCCUUCCAUUUCAGAGGCAUAUUCUGCGUUGCAUAGUCUUUAUCCGAGCCUGUAACUGGCGUGGCAAGGAGGCAUGAACAUAGUUAAAGGUGUAGCGGACCUCAUUUGGAGGACUUCGGGUGGCCAAAGUGGAGAAUACAGUGCAGCCGUACAAUCUGGGAGGUUUACACCACCCACUCCGUCGAUCAGCUUCAGUGAGGUAGGCGAUGAAGGGAUCUUGAAGACUCUCUUGGAAAGAUACAUAAAUACUGAUGAAGAGGUGGAAAAGAGAAAGUUGUUCCAAAUCUUUAUUAAGCAAUUCUUGACGACAUACCGGAAUUGGAAACCAUCUAAUCUGGGUCAGUCUCCUGAAGAAGUGCUUGUCAGUUCACCUGUAAAAUAUGAUCAUAAUGUUGGGGAUGUGGUGGUUGGCUGCAACUUUGGCCACCCUGCUGAAGUAAUACAGAUCUUGAUUGAAGAAGUCUCACAGAUAACCAGACUACUUGCUGACAAUCAAGUGGGUAUUACAACAUGCAUCAACAUAACAAGUGAAUCAUGGAUGACCUUAGAAGCUCUGACUGUUGUGACUCUAUCCAUUCAUAACUGCAAAGUCUUUGGUUACUAUUCUGGGAUUCAGAAGCUUACAGCAUUGAUGAAAGCUGCUGUUGUCCAACUUAAGACUAUUACUAGUGCACUUCAAGCAGAUCAAAGUUUGUUAAAUAAUAUGGUACAAAACACUGGAGCUUUGCAGCAGCUAUUGGUUCAUGUGGUGUCCAUCAUUUGCCAUUUCAUUGAUUUGCCUUCAAGCAUAGAGGAAAAUGUGCUGUUGAAAAGUAUUGACAUGGAACCAUCUGCAGCUAGAAGUGGCGAAAAUAUUAGCCUUUCUCGUGCUUUAAAACCUGCUGUUUCUGAAGCAACCUUGUCGUGGCAUCAAACAACUGUUGUAUCAGUUAUGGAAGCUGGUGGACUUAAUUGGUUAUUAGAGAUAUUGCGUCUGAUCAGGAGAUUGAUUAUGAAAGAACAGUGGGCAGACAUGUUGCUUCAGCAUUUGACUCUCAGAGCUCUUCGAUCAGCUUUGUCUGGUAAUCAACGUGGUCAAAAUCAUUUCCGAAGUAUUGGAGGCUUGGAAGUUCUGUUAGAUGGACUGGGAGUUCCCUCAGUUGAUAGAUUGUUUUCAAGUGCUUCAUCAAGCUAUGAACUAAGGAGCCAAAAUCCUUUGGAGGGUAUUUUUAAUCUCCACGUUCUCUCAUUGGAGAGCCUCAGGGAAGCUAUCUACGGAAAUCUGAAUAAUUUGCAGUUUCUUUGUGAGAAUGGAAGGAUACAAAAGUUUGCAAAUAGUUUCUGUUCGGUUGCAUUUAUGCUUCAAGAGUACAAACGGGGCAAGGACUCCUCUUGGAAGAAGUAUCUGGAUGAAUUUGAGGAAAGAAAAACUAAUGCUUCAGAUAUUUGUGAAGGGGAGCUGUUCCCUCCAUUUUCAUCCGAUCCAUAUUAUGUAAAGAAUUGGAAAGAUUAUGUUGCUAGGUUGAGUGGAGCUCUUUGUUUUUUCCUUCUUGAAGGAAAAGAAAACACAUUCUACCGUGUUCAACCAACUGUCAGCGGAAGUACCAUAAUGAUGUCAGCUGUGUAUGCCGAACUUUCUGUAAAGUGGUUCACGAGGGUGCUUCUAACGGUUUUUCCAUGCAUUAAGGCAUGUUCGGAUCAAGGAGAAAUUCCCAACCACUUAAGGAUCUUUGCCUGCACGAUGCAACAUUAUGUUCUUUUCGCGUUUAAAAAGGUUCUUCUUUCAUCACCGUCGUUAGUUGAUGUCUUCCGUGCUGAAGGUGUGUGGGAUUUCAUCUUCUCUGAGAAUUUUUUCUACUUUGGCCCAGCUCCUACAGAGUUUUCUAGACAGAAUAUUAGUUGGUGUAAGGUUCCUUUAGUGGAUGAAGAAGGAUCUACUUCAGGUUCUGUUGUGGAUCAACCUAACUCUAAUCAAGUUGAGAUUCUACAAGUUGAAAUAAUCUCAUUCAUGGAGUUUGCAGCUACUUUAAGUGGAAGUAUCCAUAACCUGCCUGAAUGUACAGUUUUGCUGGAUGCUCUUGAACAAUCUGCCUGUAAUCCUGAGCUCGCCACUAUUCUAGCGAAGAGCCUGACUCGUGUGUUGCAGAUUUCAGCUGAGAAAACAAUUUCUUCAUUUAAGACACUUUCUGCAAUUCCUCGGAUUCUCAAAGUUGCCUGUAUUCAGGUCGAGGAGUCUAAAAGGCCUGUCACUAUAUGUUCUUCUAUGGAAUCCACUUCUAGUGGUGAGGCAUCCUGUCAAAGCCAUGAAAUGUCUGGUUCAUCUGAGGGGACUGGUUGGGCACAAUGCAUGAGAACAUUCUUGGAACUAUUUGCAGGAUACUUUUCAGUGUCAGAUGACACAAAACUUUCCAUUUUGAGCAAUUCUAUGUGUGUCAGUUGUAUGUUUGAAUUGUUCUGGGAAGAAGAUCUAAGAAAUCUUGUCCUCAAUUAUGUUCUCGAACUUAUGAAGAUUGUUCCAUUUUCUGAGGAGGUGCAGAAAGCGAAAGUAUUUCUAUGCUCUAAAUACUUGGAAACAUUCACGCAUUUGAAAGAAAGUGUUAAGAAUUUUGCAGAUUUGUCUAUUGAACUGCUGGUUGGGAUGAGAGAGUUGCUAUUAACAGAUCGUGUGUAUUAUCAAGAUUUGUUCCGUGAAGGUGAAUGUUUUUUGCAUGUCCUAUCUUUGUUGAAUGGAAAUCUGAAUGCUGAAAAUGGCGAGAAGUUGGUUUUGAAUGUGAUCCGAACACUGAUUUGCUUACUGUCACAGAAUGAUGCUUCGAAGGCUGCUUUUAGGGCCCUUGUUGGAAAGAGUUAUCACACUUUACAGAGUUUGUUGUUGGAUUUCUGCCAGUGGCAGCCCAGUGAAGCACUUUUAAGUUCACUGCUUGAUAUGUUGGUUGAUGGGAAAUUUGAUCUGAAAGUGAAUUCUGUUAUAAAGAAUGAAGAUGUGAUCUUGCUUUAUCUCAGUGUCCUUCAAAAGAGCAGUGAUCCACUGCAGCAGCAUGGGCUCAAUAUAUUCCUGCAUCUGCUAAGGGAUUCCCUAUCUAAUCGGGCGUCAUGUGUUAGAGCAGGAAUGCUUGACUUUCUUUUGAACUGGUUUUCACAAGACAGCUGUGAAACUCUGGUUUGGAAAAUCUCCCAGUUAAUACAAGUGAUUGGUGGGCAUAGCAUAUCUGGAAAGGAUAUCCGGAAAUUUUUCGCAAUGCUUCGUAACCAGGGUAUUGGGCCUCAGCGAUCCUUGAGCUCGUUACUCUUAACUAGCAUGUCAACAAUGCUAAACGAGAAGGGUCCAACAGCAUUCUUUGAUCUAAAUGGGAUUGAUUCUGGUAUUUCAAUCAAAACACCAGUCCAGUGGCCUGUAAACAAGGGAUUUUCAUUUACAUGUUGGCUUCGGGUAGAAAGCUUUCCUCAAAGUGGAUCAAUGGGGCUCUUUAGUUUUCUUACAGAAAAUGGACGAGGUUGCUAUGCUGCUCUUUUGAAGGACAAGUUAAUUUAUGAGUCAAUUAAUCAGAAACGGCAACGUGUUUCGUUGAAGUUCAACCUUGUCCGAAAGAAGUGGCACUUUUUCUGUUUAGUUCAUUCUGUUGGUAGAGCUUUUUCUGGGGGAAGCCAGCUGAAAUGUUAUUUGGAUGGGGUUCUUGUGUCCACUGAAAAGUGCAGUGAACCAUUGAGUAGCUGCACGAUUGGAACUAAACUGUAUCUACCUAGCUAUGAGGAAGAGAAUGGCGUGAAUUCUGUCAAAGAUUCUUGUCCUUUUCUUGGUCAAAUUGGUCCCACUUACUUGUUCAGCGAUGCCAUCUCUUCUGAACUUGUGCAGGGCAUUUGUUUUCUAGGGCCAAUUUAUGUUGAUAAUUUCUUGUCUGGUGGAGUUCUGGAUGCAAAAGAUGGUCUAGCAUCAAAGAUUAUUUUUGGAAUAAAUGCGCAGGCAAGUAAUGGCCGUACAUUAUUUAAUGUUUCGCCAAUUUUGGAUAAUGCACUUGAUAAGAAACCUUUUGAAGCAACUGUAUUGGGUGGCACUCAGCUAUGCUCUCGAAGGCUGCUGCAGCAGAUCAUUUAUUGUGUUGGAGGGGUGUCUGUGUUUUUCCCUCUUCUAACUCAGUGUGAUAUGUUUGGAGACAGCAAAAAUGAACAAAUUGGGCAGAUGUUGCUCACUCCCAUCGCCAAGGGUCACUUGACUGCUGAAACCAUUAAGCUUAUAGCAUCUACUUUGGAUGAUAACUUGGCCAAUCAACAACAGAUGCUGCUGCUAUCGGGAUUUUCAGUACUGGGAUUUUUACUGCGUUCAGUUCCUGCUGAGCAGCUAAAUUUGGAAACUCUUUCAUCAUUGAAGCAUUUGUUUAGUGUUGUUGCUAAUGGCGGAUUGUCAGAAUUGCUGGUAAAAGAUGCUAUUUGUUAUAUCUUUCUUGACCCCCAUAUUUGGGUCAACACAGUGUACAAGGUGCAGCGGGAACUGUACAUGUUCCUUAUUCAGCAAUUUGAUAAUGAUCCGAGGUUGUUGAAGAGUUUGUGUAGGCUACCCCGUGUGAUUGAUAUUGUUCGGCAGUUUUACUGUGAUAAUUUGGAGAGCAAACCUGCUCUCGGGAGGAAGCCAAAUACGUAUGUCAUGACAGAACAAAGUGUUGGACAGAAGCCUGACAAAGAAGAAAUACGUAAAAUUCGUCUCCUUUUAUUAAGUCUUGGUGAGAUGAGUCUCAGGGAGCAUAUAACAGCUGCUGAUGUAAAAGCGCUUGUUGCAUUUUGUGAAUCCUGUGAGGAUAAGGCUUGCGUUGAAGAUAUUGUAAAUAUGAUGAUACGUGCUGUGUCCCACAAACAACUUCUUCGUUCCUUUCUUGAGAAAGUGCAUUUAAUUGGAGGCUGUCACAUUUUUGUUAACUUUUUGUCAAGGGAUUUUGAGCCAGUUAGAUUGCUGGGCUUACAAUUCAUUGGAAGGCUUCUAGUUGGUCUGCCAGCAGAGAAGAAAGGGUCGAAAUUUUUCAACAUUUCUGUUGGGAAGUCCAAAUCUUUAUCUGAAAGACAUAAAAAGAUUAGCAUUGAUAUGCAACCAAUUUUCUCCAUGAUAGCCGACAGGCUUUUUAAAUAUCCCCAGACAGAACUUCUCUGUGCUACGAUGUUUGAUGCUCUUCUAGGUGGUGCUAGCCCAAAACAGGUUUUACCUCUCAUUUUCAGAUUUUUGUCGGGUUGCGAGGACCACACAUCAAGAAUAAAAAUUAUGGGUGAUCUACUAGAUCUUCUUGAUUCAAAUCCAUCAAACAUUGAAGCUCUUAUGGAAAAUGGAUGGAAUGCUUGGUUGGUUGCCUCUACGAAGCUUGAUGUGAUAAAGAAUUACAAAGUGAAAGUGCAAACACGUGGUGACCCUGUGAUGGAUGAACAAUAUUUUGUGAGAAAUGUAUACAGUGUUGUUCUAUGUCACUAUAUGCUUUCUGUUAAAGGUGGCUGGCAGAAUUUAGAAGAAACUGUGAAUUUUCUGCUAGUUCAAUCUCAACAAGUUAUCUCAUAUAAAUAUUUUCUUCGUGAUUUGUAUGAAGAGUUGAUCCAGAAGCUGAUGAACUUAUCUACCGAAGAAAAUAUUUUUCUCUCUCAGCCUUGUCGGGACAACACAUUGUACCUUGUAAAAUUAGUUGAUGAAAUGCUGAUAUCUGAAAUGGAUCGUUGCCUUCCGUUUCCUGCAAGCAGUUCCACGGUUCCACAAUCUUUGGAACUAGAUAACUGCCCAGAGUUAAGUUCUGCUUUACUUGACGCUUUGCAGGGAGAAACUGCUGAAGACUUGACCAGGACUUCUCGGGGACAGAAUCAGCAUGACUUGAAUGAAGAAAUGUUUGCUGAUGAGUGGUGGAAUUUAUAUGACAACCUUUGGAUCAUCGUCAGUGAAAUGAAUGGAAAAGGACCGAGCAAGAUAUUGCCAAGAUCAUCAUCAUUUGUGGCACCAUCAUUAAGCCAAAGGGCUCGUGGAUUGGUGGAAUCACUGAACAUCCCUGCUGCUGAGAUGGCAGCAGUUGUCUCAGGGGGAAUUAGUAAUGCACUUGUGGGAAAGCCGAACAAAACUAUAGACAAGGCUAUGCUAUUGAGAGGGGAAAGAUGCUCAAGAUUUAUUAACCGCCUCAUGGUUAUCUAUCUUUGUAGAUCAUCACUUGAGAGAGCAUCACAGUGUGUUCAGCAGGUCAUUCCUAUAUUGCCUUUCCUUCUGGCUGCUGAUGAUGAGCAAAGCAAGAAUAGGCUGCAACUUUUUAUCUGGUCAUUGCUUGUCGUUAGGUCCCAGUAUGGGAUGCUUGACGGCGGGGCCCGCUUUCACGUCAUUUCUAGCUUGAUAAGAGAAACAAUCAACUGUGGGAAGUCAAUGCUGGCGACGAGUAUCACCAGUGGUGAUGAUUUCUCUGAUUUGGGUAAUAAUUCGAAGGAAGGAAACACUCUAUUCAGUUUCCUCCAAAAGGAUCGACUUCUUGGUGCGGUUGCUGAUGAAGUUAAGUACAUUAAGUGUACGACAGCUGACCGUAAUUUGCAAUUAGAUGAACUGCGAAGUAGGAUGGAAGAAAACGCAUCAGUAGAAUGUAACCAGAAGAAAGCACUAGAGGAUCAGCUACAUAGAACUUUAAGUACAAUUCUUGCUUCGGAUGAGAGUAGAAGAUCUUUGUUUCAGCUCUCCUUGGAUGAGGACCAGCAAAUUGCUGCUGUAAAUUUGCUAAUAUCUUCUGUGACUUGUUGCCUUUAUCAAUCUUUUCGUUUUGUUACAUUUUGCAAUUAUUUUUGCUUAGAGUUGCUGCUUCAACAGGAAAAGUGGAUUCAUACUUUGCGCUUGCUGAUUGAUGAAAGGGGUCCUUGGUCUGCGAAUCCUUUCCCAAAUAACCUUGUUACGCAUUGGAAACUGGAUAAAACAGAGGACACAUGGCGUCGUAGGCAAAAAUUGAGACAAAAUUAUCAUUUUGAUGAUAAACUUUGUCAACCCUCAUUAGUAGUACCUAGCGGCAGAGCACUUCCGUCUACAAGUGAUAACAAACUUGGCUUUGGAACUCUGACUGCAGAGAAAAUGAAGCAGUUUUCAGUUAAAGGAAUUCAUAGGAUUACUGAUGUGGGGUCUCCAGAAGAAAAUGAAAAUGAAGCUCAGUCUAGCCAGCAAAAGAUCUCAGAGGUUGAGGGUUCUUCAGAUAAACAGUUUCCUGAGGUGGCAAAGGAGGGUGGCGAACAGGAAAUUGUGCAAGAUAGAGAAGAAUAUCCGUCGGUGACAGAAUCAGAGAACAGUGAGGUUCUCAUGGAAAUUCCAUGUGUGCUGGUAACACCAAAGAGGAAAAUAGCUGGGCGUUUGGCCAUUAUGAAAAAGUUCUUACAUUUCUUUGGUGAGUUUUUGGUGGAGGGUACAGGAGGGACAUCUGUUCUUAAAACCUAUUUUUCUUCGGGCAAUUCUGAUCACAGCAAGCUGGAACAUGUUGGAGGACUUCCCAGGCAAAAGUUUCUCAAAUUGCCCAUGCAUUUGAAUCUGGAUUCUGAAAAACCAUCUAUCAGUGAGAAUAUUAGUUCAGUUGACAGAACUAAUGAUCAUAAACUGCAUAAUAGUGUAAAGCGCCAUAGGUGGUGGAGCAUGUCCAAGAUCAAGGCCGUCCAUUGGACUCGAUAUUUGCUGAGAUAUACUGCUAUAGAGAUCUUCUUUCUUAGCUCUGUUGCUCCAAUAUUCUUGAGUUUUUCAUCACAAAAAGAUGCAAAAGACGUUGGGAACUUGAUAGUAGCAACCAGAAAUGAAUCUGUAUUCCUUAAGGGACAAAAGGACAAGACUGGGGCUAUAUCAUUUGUUGAUAGACGUCUAGCCCAGGAAAUGGCGGAAACUGCCAGAGAAAGUUGGAGGAGAAGAGAGAUUACAAACUUUGAGUAUCUGAUGAUUCUCAACACCCUCGCAGGAAGAUCCUACAAUGAUAUUACCCAGUAUCCUGUGUUUCCAUGGAUAUUAGCUGAUUAUUCAUCUGAGACGCUUGAUCUAAAGAAGUCUUCAACUUUCAGAGAUUUAUCAAAGCCUGUUGGUGCCCUUGAUCCAAAACGAUUUGAGGUGUUUGAGGAUAGAUACCACAAUUUUGUCGAUCCUGAUAUUCCCAGUUUCUAUUACGGAUCACAUUACUCAAGCAUGGGAAUUGUACUCUUUUACCUACUUAGGUUAGAGCCAUUUACCGCACUUCACCGUAGUUUGCAGGGUGGUAAAUUUGACCACGCCGACCGGCUUUUCCAAAGCAUUGAAGGCACUUACAGAAAUUGCCUUUCCAAUACAAGUGACGUGAAGGAAUUGAUUCCAGAAUUCUUUUAUAUGCCAGAAUUUUUAACGAAUUCGAAUUCAUAUCAUUUUGGAGUAAAACAAGAUGGGGCACCUAUAGGUGAUGUUUGCCUCCCUCCCUGGGCCAAGGGCUCACCAGAUGAAUUCAUUAAUAGAAACAGGGAUGCCCUUGAAAGUGAGUACGUUAGUUCAAACCUCCAUAACUGGAUUGAUUUAGUUUUUGGAUACAAGCAGCGUGGAAAACCAGCUGUUGAGGCUGCAAAUAUCUUUUAUUAUUUAACAUAUGAAGGUUCUGUUGACUUGGAUAACAUGGAAGAUGAUUUGCAAAGAUCAGCCAUAGAAGACCAGAUCGCUAAUUUUGGUCAGACACCAAUUCAAAUUUUUCGGAAGAAACAUCCGAGGAGAGGGCCACCAAUCCCAAUUGCUCAUCCUCUGAGAUAUGCUCCUGGUUCUAUCAAUUUAAGUUCUGUAGUUUCAGGUGUAAACAAUUCUUCUUCAGCGGUACUUUAUGUCAAUGCAUUGGACUCGUGUAUCAUCACUGUGAGCCAAAACCUCACGAUGUCUGUUAAGACGUGGCUGACUACCCAAUUGCAAUCUGGUGGGAACUUUACAUUUUCUAGCUCUCAGGAUCCUUUCUUUGGGAUUGGUUCCGAUGUACUCUCCCCUUGUAAAAUUGGGAGUCCUCUUGCUGAUAACUUUGAGCUUGGAGCACAAUGCUUUGCCACCUUGCAAACACCAUCUGAGAGCUUUCUCAUCUCCUGUGGCAACUGGGAAAAUAGUUUUCAGGUCAUGUCCCUCAGUGAUGGAAGAAUGGUGCAGAGUGUCCGACAUCACAAAGACGUUGUGAGCUGCGUUGCAGUUACAGCUGAUGGAAGCAUUCUAGCUACAGGAAGCUAUGACACCACUGUCAUGGUGUGGGAAGUUCUUCGUGUUAGAAACCCCGAAAAGAGAUCCCGUUCGAGAACCGAAAUCCCUUGGAAGGAUUUCGUAAUUGGCGACACUCCAUUUCACAUUCUCUGCGGCCACGAUGACAUCAUCACGUGCUUGUACGCGAGUACCGAGCUCGAUCUCGUAAUAAGUGGUUCGCGAGACGGGACUUGUAUUUUCCAUACUCUGCAGGAAGGUAGAUAUGUGAGGUCACUUCAGCAUCCUAGUGGCAGACCACUGUCAAAGCUUAUAGCUUCGCGUCAUGGAAGGAUUGUACUAUAUGCGGACGAUCUUAGUUUGCAUCUCUAUUCUAUAAAUGGAAGGCACAUAUCAACUGUCGAAUCAAAUGGUCGGCUGAGCUGCCUUGAGCUGAGUAGUUGUGGGGAUUUUCUAGUUUGUGCUGGGGACCAAGGCCAGAUUGUGUUGCGCUCUAUGAAUUCGCUCGAAACCCUUAUGAAGUACGCUGGAGCUGGAAAGUCGAUUAGUUCGCUGACUGUGACGCCUGAAGAAUGUUUUAUAGGCGGGACUAAAGAUGGCAGCCUUCUGGUGUACUCCAUUGAGAAUCCUCAGCUUCGUAGAACUGGCGUUCAAAGGCAUUCCUGAAAGAGAGCGCUAUAGUUAAUGGAACGUCCAUCCUACUGUGGGAGGGUGAUUGUUAGUCACCACCAUUGCCUCGGCUGUAUGGGUGCUUUGUCUCGUUAUUGCUCUAAGGAUCAUCAUCAGUUCAUUAUUUUAAAUGAAUUUGAGAAGCACAGCCGUUAGAUUUGAAGCAAGAUGAUGAAUAAUACUGUUGCCACUGGUAGCAGUCUCUGAUGAUACUCAGUGUCUUUUAUAGUAAUUUUGCUGAGUGUACAAUAUACAUAGGUUAGUCCAUUAGAUGCAACACAGAGGUGGAAAAUUGGUGAUCUACAGCUUAAAUGUGGCUUCUUGGCCUUGACAACUUUGGAAUGAUGUGAUGGAAUUUCAGUGAAUGCCAAAAAAAUUGUGCAUUGAUGUAUUAAAGAGUAAUUGCUGUUAAAUGUUUAUUACUUUUCUUGGUUAGUGUUUGAUUAAAAAUUUGCAGACUCUGAUAAUAAGCGCCACAUCACAAUGUAAUGAAUCCAUGCUGUUCUCAGAUUUUAGCUUUGCACCAAUUGUGAGAUGGCUAUAUAUGAUGGAAGCAGGUACAUAUUUGUGGUGGAUGAAAACCAUCUUAAUACACUAUUUUAUGUCUGUAUCCUUGCAUAUAUUAAUCAAUA